AUGGUGGCCAACGAGGUGGAUGGGGAGCCGCACCCUCCAUUACAAUUCCUCUACUCGAACCGCCUUUGGCGCCAGGGUGCACAGUGGCAUGCGGACGCGACCCCGAUCAUGUUUUUGUACAUACCCGUGUUCGAGUGCCACGACGGCUGUCGCUGCGGUCCCAGCUGCUCAAACAGGGUCGUCCGGGAGGGUCGCCAGGCUGCUAUAGCGAUCAAGAAGACAUUACGCAAAGGUUGGGGCGUUUUCAAUGGCCCGACCCUCCUUCAAUACGGCCAAUAUAUCGGUACCUUCACGGGGGAACUACUGACCCCCGAAGAGGCGGCAGAACGCGAUGGGCAACCUCGCACACCUGGCGCACCCAUGGUCAUUGACGCGUCACGAGCCGGGAAUUUUACCAGGUUUCUCAAUCAUUCCUGUGAUGCUAAUCUAUCCUCCAUCGGCGUUUUCUCCAACGAGCCAAACAACGGCACCCCCAAGCUCGCUUUUUUUGCUAAUCGCGACAUUGCACCCGGGGAGGAGCUCUGCAUUCGAUAUAUGAGCAUACCUGACCAGGAUAGCGCGGGCCACGCCUCCGAGACCGGCGAGGAUGGGGCGGGCGACGCCGCCGAGACCGGCGAGGAUGGGGCGGGCGACGCCGCCGAGACCGGCGAGGAUGGUGCACGCUGUCUGUGCGGCUCGCGCAACUGCCGAGUGCUGGCGCUGAGGGCGCGCUCGAUGUCCAUGGAUAGGACCUACUCCAUCUUCAUCUGCUUUGCUCGGCCGAGCGUUUUCUUCCUCGCAUCGUGCGGCAGGCUGGGCUUCAAGCCGUCUCAGGGGAUACAUUCGCAGGUCGACGCCGGCGGCGGCGGCGGCAGAGAGGGCGCGCUGCAGCCAGCGGUGGCGCAGAAACCACGUCGUCAGCCCCCGACGCUAAUAUCGCCUAUAUGCUCUGGGGCGUUUCUGACGAGCGCGCCAGAAUGGUACCGCUCACGAUGA